GAAAGCAGUGGUCCUAAAGCAGCUGGUUAAGAAGGCCUUUGGGCUGGGCGAAAGAACGCGUGGCCUCGGGGGAGAGAGUGAUUGUUAACAAGCCUAGCCCAGCCCUCCUCUUCCCCCGCCACGAAAAUGCCUCUAGGCCUCCGGAGAGGCAGUAGGAGCCAGUUUAAACAUAUAAUUCAUGGCCUCGUCCCUGCAGCUACUAUAGCACCUAGACCAGCAGUUCCUCGAACACCCCCACCUCGUAGUCCAGAUCCUUCUCCAGAAAGACCUAGAUCUGCCCUUGCUGCAGCCAUUCUAGUGUCCACAUUAACUGGACGGACUUUUGCUAUUCCUCAGCCUAAUCAUCGAUCACAUUCUGAAAGUGAUACAACAUACCUGGAAGGAGAUGGUGGUGUCAUUGAGCCAUAUGCGACUGUAACUGAGUUUAGAUCUGGACCAGAGUGGCUAGAAGAACAGGAAAAAAGAUAUUCUUUACCAGCCUUUAAAAUGUCAGACUAUAGUGAGGAUGAAGAUGAAGAUGAAGAUGAAGAUGUUGAGCCAUAUCUCUCUGACGGUGAUAGUAAACAUGUUGAGCUAAGUACUCAGAAAAAAGAAAACAAUUUUGAGGAUGCUAUUUAUGCUGUUCCUCACCAAAAUAACAAGGACAAAGAUACAUUGCUUUUUAGAGCUUAUACUGAAAAGGAUGGAACUGCUUCUGAACAAGGUGAAUUCUCAGAUUUGGAAGUUGGGUCAUUGCAAGUGAAAGGUAAACAUCCCCUUCAGAAUUUAAAGGAUGAAAAACUAUCUGCUGAAAAUGUCAUUUUUGAAAAACCUCCGCUAUCUCCAGAUGUAUCUAUAAGAAGACGUCGAGAACAGAUGGGAUUAAGUAAACAUGACUUUGAGGAAUUAAAACAACAAAAUUUUUUUCUAACUACUACAAACGAGACCCUUGCCCAUGAACUUGAAGAAAUUAAACAGGAAAUGAAGGAAUUAUAUUCAAAAUUUAAGGAAAUGGAAAAAGAUAAUGGAAGUAUAAAAGAGACUGAACAGAGUCCUCAAAGGAAAGUUGAUGUGGCUGAAUUUCUUUCUCUAAGACAACAAGCCCAGGAGCUGGUGGAUGAAAAUGAUGACUUGAAAAUGAUUGUGUAUCGUUUGAAUGUAGAGCUAAGUCGAUACCAGACUAAAUUCAGACAUUUGUCCAAAGAAGAGAAUAUGGAAAUCGAAGGUCUUCCAUUCAAGGGGCCUCCACCACCUUGGCUGUUGGAUAGAAAGUAUUUGUCACCAUUACUCCUAGCCUAUGAAGAUAGAAUGAAAGAAAAGGAUGAUCUACAUGUCAUGCUUGAGGAAGAAAUGAAAAUGUUUAAGACACGAGUAGAAGAGGUGAUAAAAGAGAAUGAAACACUUCACCGAGAGCUGAAUAAAAGUAGUCCUCUUACCAGUAAGGAAUGGCAUCAACUACAAACUCAGGCCCAGCUUGUGUUAGAAGAAAAUAAAGUUUUGAUGCAGCAACUUGAGAUUCAGCAAGCUAAAGCCAAAGAAAAUAACCAGCAGCACAGUCAAGAAGUUUCCAAACUGAUAAAACAACAAAUGCUUCUGGAAAAUAAAGCAAAGAACCAAGAAGAGGCACUAGCUGAGAAUGAAGAACAGUUGGACAUUUUACGUUCUAAAUGUCAAAACCUGAAAAUACUACUGGAUAGCCAAAUAGAGAUAAAAGUUCAUGAUUCAAUUGUGAAUGAACUCAAAAGCCAGUUGCAGAAAGAAAAAGAGAAAUGGGAUGCUGAGGCUGACAAUUUGAUAGGAAAGAUGACAGAGCUGCAAGCACAAAACAAGAGCCUGCUUUUAGACAAAAGCAAAUUGGAAGCUGAAAACAAGGUCCUGGGAGCUGAAUUGGAAAGGGCACAGAAAUUAAAUAGGGGAUCUCAAAAGCAAAUAGACUUCCUUCAGCAACAAGUAGAAGAAGCAAUGGAGAAAGAAGAGGUAGCUCACCAGUAUCUGACAAAUUUUGUCAUUUUGGCAAAUGCUAUAGCUCAGGAACGUGACAAUCUCGUACAAUUGGCUCAGUGCCUAGAAAGUGAAAAGCAAGGAGUUCUCUAUAAAAUAAUAGAAGGGAAUAUUCGUUUAGGAAAAUUAGAAGAGAAGGUGAAGGUGUAUAAAAAGAAAGCCGCUGUGAAACUGGGAGACUUCAAUCACAGAAUGACCAAGCAAGAGGAGGACUUUGCUGGGAAGAUUGAUCAGUAUCAGCGAGAGAUGAAGCACCUACAGCAGCUGCUGCAAGACAAGCAGGAUGCUCUGGAGGAAGUGCUCCAACAGAAAAGAGAAGUAGAAGGUGAACUUGAAGUGGUUUGGGAAUCUACUACCAAAGAAAACCAAAGAAUGAAAGAAUUCCUGUACACCACCCUUGAGAAGAGUCACUCAUGGAAGAAAGCCAGCACCUUUGAAUCAAGUUUAAACCAGAUCUCCAAGGAAGACUUAGUUGAAGGGUAUGCUGUUAGCUAUUGUGAGGUGAAGUCUUCUACAGGUAUCCAGCUACCAGAAAUGCCUUCCUUACAUACCUUAUACCAGACAGAACCCAGUGAUAGCAAAGAUACCACAUCCAAAGCAGAACUUUUUCUCCAAAGGGAAGCCAAUUUGUGUUAAAAAGGGAGGUGUACUAUUCUGCCAUGCACAACAUUUUUCUCCUCACAACUGUGACACUCUUUACUUCAUCUAAAGGGUGGAUAAAUUGUCCAAGAAAUUUAAUGUAGUUUUUUUAUAUUGCAUUAUAAAAUUCUUAUAAUACUUCUUAUCAAAUAAAAUAUGCUACCCCCAGUAGUCACUGUUCAGUUCUAGGUGUAUUUCUCAAAUAAAUAAGUGACCUAAUUAGAGGAAUUUGAGUCCUAAUUACCAUCAUAUAGCAAUAAAUUGAAGUCCGCUAUAAAAGAAUUGUGCAGUAAGAAGGGAGUAGGGUCUUGUCAUGUUUUGCUAAGUAAACCAUGUUAAGUAAAACGCUUACCUCUGACCUAAUGAGCUGUUUCAAUGAAGUAUGCUUGAGUAUAUGCACACAGUAGACUUUAGCAAUGAUGGUUUUGAGUAUUGACUUCUUGAAAUUGUAAAAUAACAAAAUUUAUCCAAAAGAAGUAAGAUAUUUCUUUCUCAUGACCAAAUUGUGUUCCAUGUUAGUACACUUGGGAAAUUUAUGAAACUUUAUUAGAUAUUUGAUAAGUUUUGUUUAUUUUCUUGUCAUAUAUGAUGUACCAUUUGCUUAUAUCACUAGAGACAUUUGCAGAAAUUUAUUUUUAAAUGGUCCUGCCUUCUGGCUGUUUAGAGUUUAAAAUAUUUGGCAUGUAAAUGAAGGCACACAUAAGCUAGUAAAUACCCGAAGUUCAGUGAUGACAUUUAUUUAUCAUGUUGUAAAGAAGUUAUUUGAGAAUUAAAAACUAAAAAAAGGUGAUAUUUCCUAGAGCUAAAUUCUAGACCAUAUGCUUAUAUAUCAGUAUCUGCAUUAGUGACCAUAUACCAAUGUUUCAAGGACCAAUGCUUAUGUUGUUAUAAGAUUUCUGUAUGGGGGAAUUACUUUCACUGAUGCAAAUCGUGGACCAUGUGCCUUUCAAAAAAUUUUCUCUUCAAGUGCCUCAUGUCAUAUGGCCAGCAUUGGUCUCUUUGUAAAUUACAUACACACACAAAAACAAGAUACAUACACACACACACACACACACACACAUUGAUCAUGACUAAUGUGGAAAUAUGUUUAACAUGAUUGUACAUAUGUAACCUAUUUUAAA